AUGCCACUGUGCUAUAAACUGCUGUCUGUUUGUGCCGCUGUUCUGUCACUUACAGGACUAGUCAUACAUUCAUUCAUCGCAGCUGUGAAUGUCACUUGCUGGCUGAAGGGGAGAGCCGUGACCUCCAUUGACCAGGUCCUUACCUGCCUCGGGAUCUCAAGGAUGCUGAUUCAGAUUUUCUCAUUUCUAGAUUUAGUUUUUCACUUUCACAUACAUCUGGAUCCCGGAAACAUACUGGAUACCACCAUUGAAUGUGCUUUGAUUUUUGUCAACUACAGCAGCAUCUGGUUUGCGACUCUGUUCUCCGUCGUCUUCUGCCUGAAGAUCGCCGUCUUCUCCAACGCCCUAUACUUACGCCUGAAGGUGUUUAUAUCAACCCGGAUUGUCCAUCUGAUCGCUGCUUCUAUAGUGAUAUCAUUUUGCUACAUCUUAAUGUUUCUGUAUCUUAAGAACAGUCUUGUUUCCACAAACUCCACCGAGGUCUUCCUGACAACUAGCUCUCGGCUGCCCGAAAUGGAAAGAAGAUACAUAUUUUUGUUCAUAUUUGGGAAUAUUGUGCCAUUGCUCAUAUACUGUAUGGCGACUGUCCUUUUAAUCAUCUCUCUGUGCAUUCAUUUAACUAGAAUGAAGUGUAAUGAUAAUUUCUCAGUUCAUCUGCGUGCUUAUUAUACCGCUAUUAGAUCCAUACUUUUCUGCUUUCUUUUUAACGCUUUACACGUCGCUAGCAAUCUAAUAGCUUUGCAUUAUAUGUUAGUUAUUGGAGCUCUGUGGUUUCACAUAAUUCUAAAUGUGCUUCCAAUUAUACAUUCUCUGCACCUGAUCCACAAAAUAGGGCCCCUAAGACAAAUAUUCUCCCAGGUACAGUGCUGUGUAUGUAAAGAGAAGCCUGUUCAAGAGAGGCAGUGA